CGACGAGACCUGAAGUUGCAGAAAAGAGGCUUUUCGCUCUUAACUCUCGAGGCCAUCUCUGCCGCGUAGCUUGGCUGGAAUUGAGCUUUACAGGAAGCGAUUGAUUCCCUGGCAAAUCAGCAACUUCAGCGCCAAUUCACAUCUACGACACACGCCGUCGCCCUCGAUUACCGUCACCAUGGCCGCUCUCCGCUCCUCUUCGCGAAUCCUCAGCUCCUCCAGGGCAGCUUUCCGACCCAGCGCCGUCUUCUCGCGCUCCAUGGCGUCAGUGAGCGAGGCCGAGCAGCCCCGGACCAAGUCGUUCCAGAUCUACCGAUGGAACCCUGAUACCCCGACCGAGAAGCCGAAGCUGCAGACCUACACCAUCGAUCUCAACAAGACCGGCCCCAUGAUCCUGGAUGCUCUGAUCAAGAUCAAGAACGAGCAGGAUCCUUCCCUUACCUUCCGAAGGAGUUGCCGAGAGGGCAUUUGUGGAAGCUGCGCCAUGAACAUCAACGGCCAAAACACUCUGGCAUGCCUGUGCCGAAUCCCUACCGAAUCGGCCUCGGAUGUCAAGAUCUACCCUCUGCCUCACACCUAUGUUGUCAAGGAUCUGGUCCCCGACUUGACUCACUUCUACAAGCAGUACAAGUCCAUUCAGCCUUACCUCCAGCGCGACACCCCCGCCGAAGAUGGCAAGGAGUACCGCCAGAGCAAGGCUGACCGAAAGAAGCUGGAUGGUCUCUACGAGUGCAUCCUUUGCGCCUGCUGCUCAACUUCCUGCCCCUCUUACUGGUGGAAUUCCGAAGAAUACCUCGGCCCCGCCAUCCUGCUGCAGUCAUACCGAUGGCUGAUUGACUCUCGAGACGAGCACACGGCUGCGCGCAAGGCUAAGCUGGAGAACUCGAUGAGCCUGUACCGUUGCCACACCAUCCUCAACUGCACGCGUGCUUGCCCCAAGGGCCUGAACCCCGGCAAGGCCAUUGCCGAGAUCAAGAAGUCGAUGUCUAUCGGGGCAUAAGAAACAAAAGGUGUUGGGUUAUAACUGAUGAUGUAUUCUUUUAGUUUGUAUCUAUAGGUGGCUAGUAAAUUCACUACACAUGGAAGUGUGACAGAUGGCUCUGUGUUUAAGUAUACCAUAGGCGUUUUAAAAGACAGCCAGUUUAUAUAUGUACUUAGGUAAAUAUAUAGCUACUGUAUACGCUUAUAAUAUUGGUGAAAGUAAUAGAAGGAAAAGUAAUACAAGUAAGGCAACAGAAGGAAGCAAGGAAAAGAAGCUAUUGCGUGGUAGAAAUUGUG